UUUGAUUUCGUUUCGUUGUGUGGUGACUUAUGAGAUUUAAAAUUUUGUUUUCAGUUUCGUAAUUGAAUAUCGCGAAAGUGUUCAAAUUAAAAAUCUAUAAUUUUUUGUUGCAUAUUUUUUUUAUUGGUUCAUGUGAAACAUAUCAGACAUUGAGAGUGGAUUUAUAGCAAAAUAUGUUGAAAUAUUUGAAUGGUACAUUGAAACGACGACUGUUUAGUAUGCAAAAGUUUUUUAUAAUUGGAUUUUAUGUGAUAUUUGAAUAACGUUUGUUGAUCACUCUAAAAGUUUUGUGUAUUUCGCAUCCAGAUGAAAUUUAAAAUUGCGGAGAGAAAUUGUUUAAGAAAUUCAACGUCAUGAAUACAACGAACACACACACACAUACAAUUCAAAUGAUGGACGAAAAUCUGAACCAUUGCCAGAAAGAUGCAUUAACUGGUUUCCUGAGCUGGCUUCUCCAAGGCGUAUUAGCUGGUUUAGCUUUCACAUGCCUAAUUGCAAAGAGAUUUCGAGAGCCGCCUGGGAUACGACGACCGUGGAUAGUUUGGUGGUAUGACACAUCAAAGCAGGGAAUCGGUGCUAUUGUCAUUCAUUUGACAAAUGUUUUACUAGCACCAUUAUUUCAAGGUGAUCCAUGCACUUGGUAUGUGAUCAAUUUUCUGUUGGAUUCAACGAUUGGAUUGUUAAUUGUAUUCAUUGGAAUUCGUUUCUGUCAAUUUUUGAGCUUCUACAAAAAAUGGCCGGCAAUUAAUUUUGGUGUUUACGAUGCGCCAAAAUCCUGGAUAUACCAAACAUGUAUUUACAUCGGCCUGAUGGCAUUGGUUAAGAUAGCAACCACAUUGUUUAUACAAUGGAAAUUUUGGGAAAAAAUCAAGAAUCUUGUGCUAUCACCGUUUUCAAAUGAAAGUAUCGAAUUGAUACUGGUAAUGCUUGUCAUUCCAUUUUUUGUGAAUUUACUGAUAUUUUGGGUAACCGACAAUUUCCUAAUGCGACACGAUCAUAAUCAACAAAAACGCUCCUUUCUAAUAAAUUAUGUGAGCAAAUUUAAUAAAGGCCAAAGCAAUGGUUUCACAAAUGGCAGCCCACCGAACAUCAAUGGCCAGGGAUCGAAUAAUGUAAACGGCGAUGAACGUUUCGAUGUUGAAUUCACCGACGAUGAUUGCGUUGCAUUGGAGCCACGUGAUCCUCGACAGAAUUUGUAGAAAACAUGCAUACAUCAUCAUCAUCAUCAUCAUCAUCAUCACCACCAUCAUAAUCCACAUGUUCCACACUCUCAUCUGUCGUCAUACAUUCUCAACAUUCACAUCAAUUAUCUCUAUUAACCAACGCCCACCAAAAAUGACCCACAACAUAUACAUACAAUAAAAACAAAACAGAUACAUUGUCAAUUAAACACUGAAAAAAGGGGGCCGAAAUUUUAAUUAAUCUUGAACUGUCACAUUUUCAACGUUUUCAUCAAUUUACUCUAUCAUUCGUCAAUGAGGCGGUACUUUUUUGUUGUAGAAAACCAAAGACAACUCGGAAAACAUUCAACGGAGAACAAAAAAGCAUAUAUAGAAAUUGAAAGAAAUCAUCUAUAAUUCCGUUGAAAUUGUAACCUUGAGAUAUUCUGUUGGAUUGUACCGCAAAUUGUUUUCGACAAAAUAUUUAAAAACCCAAUGAAAAACGUGAAAAUUCUUAAAAGUUUUGCAACAAAUCAUUGAUAAUUUCAAGAAAAUGUUCGGUCCCUAAAAUUGUUAAUUAUUAAUCGCAUCUAUUGACCAAUUGCAUCGUGUACUUUUUUCGCCAUCGAACUAUAAAAACUAGAUUAAUCGAAUGCAAAAAUCAGUAAAACAUAUAAACUUUCAUCAAUUGUAAAGGUGCUAUUAACACUGAAAGAAACCGAAUAUAAUUGUAUGAUAAUAAAUUUUAUAUAAAUAAUUUAAGGUAAAAUGUCAUUCAGACAAAAUAGAAUUUAUACUUCAGAUUACCUUUUCCGUGUCAUGUCAAUCUGUUCGGCCAUACAAUCUGUUUGUAUGAAGAUUUUGUAUAAAAAAAAAUCUCUUAGCUUAUGAAAUUAAA